UUGUCAUUACCAUUAAUGACAAAAAAACCAAAAUGCGAGUAAAAAAAUAAUUGAAAAAUAUAUAAUUUCGCCGUAAUGAUUCAUCGAAACUAUGGAAGUAUUAUUUGGAGGGGCGUUGUUGAGGUCUAAGUCUUCGAACAGAGCCAUCCCGAGUACCACCAACAAAACUAGAAAUUUGAGUACAGGCGACGUGGGGUACAAGAUGGAAAAUAUGAAAAGGCGUGGAGUCUACGUUGAGAAGUGGGUGAACCCUAAAUUGCCCGCUGAAGAUAACAAAAGACAUAAAUCGAAAGCACAGCCAAUUCCUCGGCCACAAACAUCCAAAUUGCUAACAUCUGCCCCGAAAGAGUCCAACAUCUCAACAUACACCCGCCUCCUGGGCACUACAGACCCCGCGGUAAGAUUCAUCAAACGUAAAAAGAGGACCCUUCCUGAAAAGCUUCCAAAACAGAGCUCCAAAACAUCCAAACAGUCAAAACAUGAAAAUAAACCAAGGAAUAUUGUGGAAGACAAUAAAAACAUGAACAAGUUCAGACAGAAUCACGCAAAAGAUGCGGAAAAUAUCACAUCACCCCGAAAGGUGCUACAAACCCCUUCUACGUCUUCUAAAUUAACCAGAGACUUGUCUUCUGAUACUAACUGGUCCACCAUCUUCCCGAAAAGAGAUAACACUAAUUUAUUACAACAGUAUAUCUGCAAUUAUGAUGAAAGUAAACCAAAGGACAACGAUGAUAAAUUAAAAAAAGCCGAGGGUAAGAAAGACGAACAGAUUUAUACCUUUUUCAAAGACCUCAUCGAGUCUGUUUACGACGAAGAAGUAGCUACAAAUCCUGAUGUACAGAGUGGGAAAUCUUCUGAUAUCAAAUUUGAGAUAGACGACCCCGUAGCGCAGAAACUUCAGGAAUAUAAUUCCAAGCAAUAUACAAUUGAAGAUAAGGAUUUCGCGUACGAUCAAAGUCGUGAGCUGGCAGAUUAUUACAACAAUAAGUCGCGGUUAACACCACAAAAAAGCAUUAAGCGAAGAAAGAAAAACAUAAGAAAGUAUACGUUUACUGAUAAGUCUGCAUACUCAAAAGAAGAAAGCAGGCCUAAAAAGCCUAAUCUUCUGAACCUUUUGAAACAACAAUUGGCAAUAGAUUUAACCAUGCAAGAAGAACCUGAAAGCAUGUACGAAGCGCUCCUGAACAUAGCGAAAAAUAAACGCAAGCGUAAACAAAUAUAUUUCGAGACGACGAAAGAACCUAGCGAUAUAGAAAGGGUUUGUAGAUUUAAGCGUCGAAAUGUUUUGUCACCGAGCCCAAGAAUGCCGAAAAGGGUGAGACAGACGAGUAGGUAUGAUUCAAAAACUACGGCUGGAAUAAAGCGAUUUGAAUCGGAUACUUCGAUAGAGUUUGAAUCUAGCCAUUCGUUGGAAGUGCUCGGUUUUGAUUAUGAUGUUAUAGAGCCGGAGACGGAACCCUCGGAAAUCGAGACGGCGAUUAGUAAAAUCAAGUCCAUCACGAACUUGAACGAAGGCAUCACCACAGUCACGCACCAUUGGAUAUCUUAAAUCAUUGUUCUUUAGAUAAGAUAGGCAGGAGGGUUUUACAACCGUUACCCAUAUGACGAAAGAAUAGGCUGUCCCAAAGACAUCGAAUUCUGAUCACCACGAUGUAUGAAACAGUAUUUUCGUGAUUUGCUGUUGUGGUCCCAUAGUAACAGUUCUUCCAGUAUGACGUAUUUGUAAAGUGUGGCCAAAAGUUAUAAACAAACCCUGUAUCGCAUUUCACAAAAAUGGUAUAAAUAAAACACAGUGCAACUUUGUAA